AUGGCUUCAGAAAAGCCUUCGGUCCUCAUCAUUGGAGGCUUGGGAUAUAUUGGACGGUUCUUGGCGAAACACAUACACGAGAACAGCUUGGCUUCUGAGCUUCGCUUGGUGGACAAAGUCCUGCCACAACUGGCAUGGCUAGCUCCAGAGUUCGAAGCGGCAUGUUCGGGAAGCAAUUUCAUGCAGGCCGAUGCCAGCAAAGAACAAGCCCUGGCGCGGAUAUUCGAUCGGACCGACGGCAAACAAUGGGAUUACGUCUUCAACUGUGGUGGUGAAACAAGAUACUCUCAAGAGGAUGAGGUAUACAAAGUACGGUCGCUAGGCUUGUCGUUAGCGGUGGGCAAGGAGGCGGCGAAACGAAAGGUCAAGUGCUUUGUGGAACUCAGCACAGGCAUGGUGUACAAGCCGAACUCGUCGCCCAGCAAGGAAGGAGACAAGACGAAACCAUGGAGUAAAAUCGCCGUAUACAAGGCGCAAGCGGAGGAGGAGCUGGCCAAGAUGGAAGGGCUCAACCUGGUCAUUGUGCGCCUACCCCAUGUUUACGGCCCGUAUGCAUCGCAGUGGGUGGCCACAGCACUCAGCCUGGCGCGCGUAUACCAGGCCCUCGAUGAGGAGAUGAAGUGGCUGUGGACCAAGGACCUGCGUACGAACACGGCACACAUCGAAGACGUGACACGGGCUCUGUGGGCCGUCGCCGCCUGGUACGACGCAGGCAAGCCCAAUUGGGACGCUAAAAGCAUGGGUGACGGGGCGCCGAUAUUCAACGUGGUCGACAAGGGUGUCACAACGCAGGGCAUGGUUGCCGGCAUCAUUGGCGAGGUGUUCGGCAUCAAAUGGGGGUUCCAGGGCCAGCUGCUGAGCAACUUUGCGCGCCUGAACAUGGACAGCCUGGUGGACGACGUGAACGAUGACGUGCUCGGCCCCUGGGCGGACCUCCUCGCCGACGCCGGCAUCACGAGACCGGGCCCUUUGACACCUUUUAUGGAAAAGGAACUGCUGAAGGACACGGAUCUCAGCAUGGAUGGCAGCCGGCUCGAGACGGUGGUCGGGUUCUCGUACCAGAAGCCCGUCAUCUCCAAGGAGCUGGUGGAGGAGGUGAUUGAAAGUUACAAGAAAAUGAAGUGGUGGCCGUGA